CCGGGGGGAAGGGUAGGCGGGGCUGGGACGAGCCGGCAGCGUUGCUUUCCUACAAGAAAAACCUCAGAGCCGAUGAAGGCUGGCGUGCUGCGGGGCUUCCGCAGGGUGGUGCGCUUGCGGCUCGGGAACGCUUCCUGCCGCUGGGCCUCGGGGACCCAGCCGAAGGCCUGCAGAGCUGGGCGGGAAGAGAAGCAGAGCAAGGACAGAGUGAAGUGGAGACAGCUGGAACACAGAGGCCCGUGCUUCGCCCCUGCCUAUGAGCCCCUUCCUGAGCGAGUGCGCUUCUUUUAUGACGGAAAGCCCAUGAAGUUGAGCCUGGCAGCUGAGGAGGUCGCCACUUUUUAUGGGAAAAUGUUGGAUCGUGAAUAUACAACAAAGGAAGUUUUCCAGAAUAACUUCUUCAAUGACUGGCGGAAGGAAAUGACAGUAGAGGAGAGAUGCCUCAUCAAGCACCUGGACAAGUGUGACUUCACGGAGAUCCACAGGCACUUCGUGGAGAAAGCUGCAGCCUGGCGAGCCCUCCCCAGGGAGGAGAAGCAGAAGCUAAAAGAAGAGGCAGAAAAACUUAAGCAAGAGUUUGGCUACUGUACUGUAGAUGGCCACCGGGAAAAGAUAGGCAAUUUCAAGACAGAGCCGCCUGGGCUGUUUUGUGGCCGUGGUGACCAUCCCAAGAUGGGGAUGCUGAAGAGGAGAAUCAGGCCGGAGGAUGUGGUCAUCAACUGCAGCAGGGACUCAAAGAUCCCUGAGCCCCCAGCAGGUCAUCAGUGGAAAGAAGUACGCUCGGAUAACACAGUCACAUGGCUGGCGGCAUGGACAGAGAAUGUCCAGAAUUCCAUCAAGUACAUCACACUGAACCCCAGCUCCAAGCUGAAGGGGGAAAAAGAUUGGCAGAAGUACGAAACAGCUCGACGCCUGAAAGGGGUUGUAGAUGAGAUCCGCUCUCAAUAUUGGACCGACUGGAAGUCUCGGGAAAUGAAGACAAGACAGCGGGGGGUGGCUCUUUAUUUCAUCGAUAAGUUGGCGCUGAGAACUGGAAACGAGAAGGAGGAGGGUGAAACAGCUGACACGGUGGGCUGCUGCUCUCUCCGCAUGGAGCAUGUCCGACUACACAUGCACGCCGAUGGCCACAAGCACGUUGUGGAGUUGGACUUCCCAGGAAAGGACUCAAUCCGCUACUAUAACCGUGUGCCGGUGGAGAAGCCUGUGUUCCGGAACUUGCAGCUGUUCAUGGAGAACAAGGACCCUGGGGAAGACCUCUUUGACAAACUGACUAAAGUCAGGCAUGGCCUGGGGAGAUCUUGUCUCCAGGGAAGCCAUGUUGAUGGCGGCCAUCUCUUCCCACAUGACCAGACUUCCAGCCUGAAUAAGCACCUGCAGGACUUGAUGGAUGGGCUGACAGCCAAGGUGUUCCGUACCUACAACGCCUCCACUGUCCUCCAGGAGCAGCUGCGGGUGCUGACCAGAGCUCCCAGGCCAGGCUUGCUGAGGAGAUGUGCGGCCAUUUGGAUGUGGCAUGAACUCAGAACUGUUGAAUCCAAGCUGUCCCCACCAUACCUCGAGCAGUGGUAGAGGAUGACUAACGGGCCCCAUGUGACCCUGGGGACAUCCCCGGAGAGCCAGGGCAGGUUCCACUGGUGUAUAUAUGAGGGAGUCCCAGGCAGAGGAAAACCCUUAGGGGGCCAGUUGGAUCAGGGCAUCCUGGCAGACCAGGCCCAUGUCCAGAGGCGUCUGUAAACCCUGUGGAACUGGCUGCCCUGGUCUGGGGAUGCCUAGACUUGGGAGGAAGAAGUGUGAGAACAAGUGGCCACUUGGACAGGUGACUUGAGGAGGGACCAAAGCACCCUGCGCCUCAGUUUCCUGAUAGGAAAACAGAAGUAGUGUUGGUAUUGCCAGGUGAAGCCAGGUGCUAGGUGCACUGGUAAUAGGCUUCGGUGCUGGGUUUUUUUUUUUGGUACCGGGAGUUGAACUUACAGACUUGCCCUUGCCAGGCAGGCGCUUGUGCCGCUGAGCUAUAUCCCCGGCCCCCUGGCUUCUGUGCUGUUAUGGGGCUCCCCAAGGGAGGACCCAGACUGCACUGCACAGAUGGAUGCCUAGCUUUUCCCUUCCUUGGAGCCCUCUCUGCUGCCAGGCUGUAGACCACCCUAGAGAUUGGGGUUGCCCAGGGGCUAGUCUGAUCUGCUCCUCCUGCAGCUCUACCAGUAAGACAGAGCUGGGUCCCCCAGGAAGCUGGGUGCUGCUGGGUGCCUUCCCACCUCCCAAGUCUGCUCCUGAGGUUAAACCACUGGGUUCAUGGGGCCACUUUAAAUAGUUCACUGACCCUUGACCCUCCGUCUCUUCCCCACAAGAGGUCCUUGUGGAAGGGGCCUUAGUUUGCAAGGUGUUCAGAAAGGCUGAACACGUAGAGUGACAGUGGCUGCUGUUUUU